CUGAGCUUGAUCAUGAGUGUUCAAACAGCCAGGAAAGCUGUGUGGAAAGAGUACAAGGUUGCUGCACCUCGGCAUACUGACCCGCAGACCUGUUACGCUCCGCUGGAUGAACAUAAUGACGUACAGAAAAAAACCUUUACGAAAUGGAUAAAUGCUCGGUUUUCCAAGAGUGGGAAGGCCCCAGUAAAAGAUAUGUUCACAGAUCUCAAAGAUGGAAGGAAGCUUUUGGACCUUUUGGAGGGUCUGACGGGGAAACCUCUGCCUAAAGAACGAGGUUCCACACGAGUACAUGCCUUAAAUAACGUCAACCGAGUACUGCAAGUCUUGCAUCAGAACAAUGUGGAGUUGGUGAAUAUUGGAGGAACUGACAUCGUUGAUGGAAAUCACAAGCUGACGCUGGGGCUGCUGUGGAGCAUUAUCUUGCACUGGCAGGUGAAGGAUGUCAUGAAGAACAUCAUGUCAGAUUUGCAGCAGACCAACAGUGAGAAGAUACUGCUGAGCUGGGUUCGCCAGUCCACCAGACCAUACAGUCAGGUCAAUGUUUUGAACUUCACCACAAGCUGGGCUGAUGGACUCGCCUUUAAUGCUGUGAUUCACAGGCAUAAACCUGAGCUGUUCAGCUGGGACAAAGUGACAAAGAUGCCCCCAGUUGAGAGACUGGAAAAUGCUUUCAACAUAGCCAAGAACCAUUUAGGAAUAGAGAAACUAUUGGACCCUGAAGAUGUUGCUGUACAGCUUCCAGACAAAAAGUCCAUUAUUAUGUAUUUAACUUCUUUGUUUGAGGUCCUUCCUAAGCAAGUUACAAUGGAAGACAUUCGGGAGGUGGAAACCCUUCCAAGGAGAUACAAGCAGGAAUGUGAGGAUGGAGAAUUCAGUGUGCAGCAGACUGUGGCACUUGAAGAAGACCAGGACAGUUCUAGAGCAGAGACUCCCAGCACAGUGACAGAGGUGGAUAUGGACUUGGAUAGCUACCAAGUUGCUCUGGAAGAAGUCCUUACAUGGUUGCUGUCAGCUGAGGAUGCAUUUCGGGAACAGGAGGAAAUAUCUGGUGAUGUUGAGGAAGUCAAAGAACAAUUUUCCACCCAUGAAGGUUUUAUGAUGGAACUGACUGCGCACCAGAGCAGUGUGGGCAAUGUUCUGCAGGCUGGAAACCAACUGGUGGCCCAGGGAAAUCUGUCACCUGAAGAAGAGUUUGAGAUCCAGGAGCAAAUGCUGCUGCUGAACUCCCGCUGGGAGGAACUCAGGGUGGAGAGCAUGGACAGGCAGUCCCGCCUGCACGACAUGCUGAUGGAGCUCCAGAAGCAGCAGUUGCAGCAGCUGUCUGACUGGCUGACGGUCACAGAGGAGCGCAUUCAGAAGAUGGAAUCUCAGCUCCUAGCAGAAGAUUUGGAGUCACUUCAAAAACAGCUGGAAGAACAUAAGAGCCUGCAGAGUGACCUAGAGGCAGAACAGGUGAAGGUCAACUCCCUAACACACAUGGUGGUCAUUGUUGAUGAGAGCAGUGGGGAAAGUGCAACAGCUAUUCUGGAGGAACAAUUGCAGAGGCUUGGUGAGCGCUGGACAGCAGUUUGUCGUUGGACUGAGGAUCGGCGGGUCAAGCUGCAAGAAAUUCAGCUUUUAUGGCAGGAGCUGCUGGAAGAACAGUGCUUGUUGAAGGCUUGGUUAACUGAGAAAGAAGAGGCUUUGAGUAAGGUCCAGACAAGCAACUUUAAAGAUCAAACGGACCUGAGUGUGAAUGUUCGAAAACUAGCAAUUUUAAAAGAGGACAUGGGUAUGAAACGACAAACACUAGACCAGCUGAAUGAACUAGGUCAGGAUGUGGCCCAAAUCCUUGGGAAUGGCAAAGCAUCCAGUAAAAUUGAUCAGGAUCAAGAAGAGCUAACUCAGAGGUGGGACAGUUUGGUUCAGAAGCUAGAGGAUUACUCUAAUCAGGUAACUCAAGCUGUAGGAAGCGUAGGAAUGUCACAGGUUUCACAGAAGACUGCUGCAGAAACACCAUUGAAGGAACAGGUAGUGGUUAAACAGUCCAGACAAGAAUUACCCCCACCACCACUCCCAAAGAAAAGGCAAAUUCCAGGGGACAGUGAAGCAAAGAAAAAGUUUGAUGCUGAAAGUACUGAGCUCUUGAACUGGAUCGCAAAAUCAAAAUCUGCCAUUCAGGCCACAGACAUCAAAGAAUAUAAGAAGAUGAGAGAGACUUCAAGCAUGAAAGAAAAAUUGAAGGUGAUUGAAAAGGAAAGAGCUGAAAAAAGCCAGAAGUUAGAUGAACUGAAACGAAGUGGACACAUUCUUUUGGAUCAAAUGGGAAAGGAAGGACUUCCUACAGUGGAUGUAAAAUCUGUGAUGGAGAAAAUUUUGUCGGGGUGGAAAGAUGUGGUUCAAAAUCUAGAAGAAGUGGCUAGAAAGAUAAAGUACCAGGAAGAUAUAAAUGCUUAUUUAAAGGAAAUGAAUGAGCUUGAGAAGACUUUAAUUGAGAAGAAUGACUGGCUUAAAAAAGACUCUUCUUCAACGUCCCAGUCCUCGGCAGUCUUGAAAGACUUAUGUCAGCAGGAGUUAACUCAUCUUAUAAGCCUGAGUCCACAGUUGGAACAUCUGAAAGCCACCUGCAAGACACUCACCUCUCAGCCCAUGCCUCCAAAUUUCAUUCAGGAGAACUUGAGUUGUGUUCUUGAUCACUUCAAAUUGACUCGUCAGAAACUAGAGGAGCGUCAUCAACAGCUGAAAAAAGAGGCAGAAAGGCAGCCGAGCCGGGAGUACGUGGAGUCCCUGCAGCAGCUGAAGGAUGUGCUGAGCGAGCUGGAGGCCAAGCAGCACUCCAUUGCCAGUGGUCUGAGCGAGCCCAGCAAGGUGGAGAGCGCCCUGCAGCAGGCAAAGACAGUUUGUGAGACACUGGAAGCCCAGAAGCCCAGGGUAGAUAAACUUGGUGAAGAAACAAAGGCUUUGGAGAAGCAAGUGCCUUCGGACAUAAAAAACACGUACACGCAAGAGUUCAAGGAUGUGCAGGGACGCUGGGACAAGUUAAAGCUCAAGAUUUCCAAAGAUGUUAAACUACUGGAGGAAAUUAUGCCCAAGUUGAGACUAUUUGAGACUGACUCUAAAGUUGUUCAGAAGUGGAUGGAUGGUGUGAAAGACUUCUUAAUGACAGAAAAGGCUGUUCAAGGGGAUACUGAAGGACUUCAAAGGCAACUUGACCAGUGCACAGUGUUUAUCAAUGAAAUGGAGACAAUUGAACCAUCACUGAAAGAGAUGAAAGAAGUAGAGGCUGCUUUAAGAGCUCAGCCUAUUGCGAGCAUAAAUACUUGGACAAAGUCUAGGCUAGUAGACUGCCAGACUCAGUGGGAGAAGCUGAGCAAACAGAUCAUUAGUCAGAAAAAUCGCCUGUCUGAAAGUCAGGAAAAAGCUGUAAAUCUGAAGAAGGAUUUGGCAGAGAUGCAAGAAUGGAUGACCCAAGCUGAAGAAGAAUAUUUGGAGAAAGAUUUUGAAUACAAGUCCCCUGAAGAGCUAGAGAAUGCAGUGGAGGAAAUGAAGAGAGCGAAGGAGGAUGUGUUGCAGAAGGAGGUGAGGGUGAAGAUUCUCAAGGACAACAUCAAGAUGUUGGCCACCAAAGUGCCAUCCAGUGGUCAGGACCUGGCGACUGAGUUGAAUGUUGUGCUGGAGAACUACCAGCUACUGUGCAAUCGGAUCCGGGGGAAAUGCCACACUUUGGAGGAGGUGUGGUCCUGUUGGAUUGAACUGCUUCAGUAUCUUGAUUUAGAAACAGCUUGGCUAAACAAUCUGGAAGAAAGAGUGCAAAUGACAGGAAAUCUGCCUGAUAAAUUGGAUGCUGUCAAUGAUGCUCUUGAGUCCCUGGAAUCAGUCCUGCGUCACCCAGCUGAUAAUCGAACCCAGAUUCGGGAACUUGGGCAGACAUUGAUUGAUGGAGGGAUUCUUGAUGACAUCAUCAGUGAAAAAUUGGAAGCUUUCAAUGCCCGCUAUGAGGAAUUGAGUCACCUGGCGGUGAGCCGACAGAUCGCCUUGGAACAACAGCUUCAGACCAUGCGAGAAACCGACCACAUGCUGCAGGUCUUGCAGGAAAGUUUAGGAGAUCUGGAUAGACAGCUGACAUCUUACCUGACUGACAGGAUAGAUGCCUUUCAGAUGCCUCAGGAGGCCCAGAAAAUUCAAGCUGAGAUUGCAGCUCAUGAAUCCACCUUAGAGGAGCUGAAGAAAAGUGCUCGCUCUUUCCCUCCUGCUUCUCCUGAAUGCAGGUCUCCCCGUGGUGGAACUCAGCUGGAUGCUUUACAGAGAAAGCUCCGUGAAGUAUGUACAAAGUAUCAGCUUUUCCAGAAACCAGCCAAUUUUGAGCAGCGCAUGUUAGAUUGCAAGCGGGUGUUGGAUGGUGUAAAAGCAGAACUUCAUGUCUUGGAUGUGAAGGAUACUGACCCAGAUGUAAUCCAAACUCACUUGGAGAAGUGCAUGAAACUCUAUAAGACCCUCAGUGAGGUGAAAUUGGAAGUUGAAACUGUCAUCAAGACAGGAAGGCAAAUUGUACAGAAACAACAGACGGAUAAUCCUAAAGGGAUGGAUGAACAACUGACAGCACUGAAAUUUCUUUACAAUGACUUGGGGGCACAGGUAACAGAAGGAAAACAAGACCUGGAAAGAGCAACUCAGCUGGCACGCAAAAUGAGGAAGGAGUCUGCCUCUCUGUCAGAGUGGCUGGCUACCACUGAAGCUGACCUCGUGCAGAAGUCCACUUCAGAGAGCUUGCUUUCUGAUCUAGAUUCAGAAAUUGCCUGGGCCAAAAGUGUGCUGAGAGAGCUGGAGAGGAGGAAGGCUGAUCUGAAGAGCAUCACAGAAAGUUGCACUGCACUCCAGUCUCUGGUGGAAGGGAGUGAGACUGUCCUGGAGGAGAAGCUGUGUGUCCUUAAUGCUGGCUGGAGCAGAGUUCGAACCUGGACCGAGGACUGGUGUGACACCUUGUUGAAUCAUCAGGGCCAGCUGGAAAUUUUUGAUGAAAAUGUUGCCCACAUAAGUACUUGGUUGUAUCAGGCUGAAGCCUUACUGGAUGAAAUUGAGAAGAAAUCAGCUAGCCAAAAGGAGGAAACUGUGAAGCGUUUAACAUCUGAGCUAGAUGAUGUCAGUCUCCGAGUGGAUAACGUCCGUGACCAGGCUGUCAUCUUAAUGAACGGUCGGGGCGUGUCGUGCCGGGAACUUGUUGAACCCAAACUGGCAGAACUCAACCGUAAUUUUGAGAAGGUCUCUCAGCACAUCAAAAGUGCCAAGAUGCUUGUUGGACAAGAACGACUUCCUGUCACGUCAGAGCCCCGUGAAGCUAGGAUGGCUUUUCUAGACCUGGACAAAUUUGAGAGUGACAUACAGAAUAUGUUAAAAGUUGUGGAAAAGCAUCUGGAGUUGAAUGGGGGAGAUGAAAAGCUGGAUCAAGAAAGAGCUCAGAUUGAAGAAGUUUUACAGAGAGGAGGGCAGUUGCUCCAGCAGCCUAUGGAGGAGCAUAGGAGAGAGAAGAUCCGCCUGCAGUUGUUGCUUCUGCAGAAAAAAUACAACAGUUUGCAGGCAAUCCCUGUCCAGCAGAGGUUAAAAGGCCAAUUUGCUACAGGAGUUAGGACCUUGCCUUUCUCAGCUGAGUACUUGGUUGAAAUCAACAAAGUUUUGCUGGCCAUGGCUGAUGUUGAACUGCUGCUGAAUGCACCAGAGCUGAAUACUGGCAUCUAUGAGGAUUUUUCAGCUCAGGAAGAUGCACUGAAGAACAUAAAAGAUAUUUUGGAUAAACUUGGGGAUCAAAUUGCAGUAAUACAUGAAAAGCAGCCUGAUGUUAUAUUGGAAGCAUCUGGACCUGAGGCAAUACAAAUAGGAGAUGCACUAACACAGCUGAAUGCAGAAUGGGACAGAAUUAACAGAAUGUACAAUGAUCGUAAGUGUUGCUUUGAUAGAGCGAUCGAGGCGUGGAGGCAGUUCCACUGCGAUCUCAACGAUCUCUCCCACUGGAUAGCGGAGGCCGAAGCGCUACUGGCUGAUGCGCGCGGGCCAGAUGGCAGCCUGGAGCUGCAGGCAGCUGGGCUGCAUCAGCAGGAACUUGAAGAGGGAGUCACUAGCCAUCAGACCAGCAUUUCAGCACUGAACAGAACUGGGGAAGGAAUCAUACAGAAACUGUCUGCUACAGAUGGGAGCUUCCUACAGGAGAAACUGGCAGGACUGAAUAGACGCUGGAAAGCAAUCACAACAGAGGUCAUGGAUAGACAACAGAGGCUAAAAGGAGAGAACCAGCAGCUGAUAGAGUACAGAAAGAAGCUUGAUGAGCUGCGUUGUUGGUUGGAAAAUGUAGAAAAUGCUCUGGACACAAGAUUUGCAUUCAACCAUGAAGAAAACUUGCAAGAAUUACAGGUCUUAAGUGAAGAGAUGGAAGUUCUGGGUGACAAACUGGAAUGGCUGAAUAGAACUGAAUCUGAAGUACUGUUGGAUAAAAAUACUGAUCUUCAGGAAAAAAACAAACUUUCUGCUUGCCUGCAGUCCCUCAAUGUGAGGUGGAAUAAGGUAUUCAGAGAAGUGCCGGACAAAGUGAGAGAAUUGGAGGCAUUUGUUGCGCAGUCCCGUUUUGUUACAAAGACAAAGCCUCCUGAUAUCCAAAAGGUGGUGCUAGCAUCUUCUUCAUUGGAAAUUCCUGUUCAGUCUCAGCCGACUUUGGAACUUUCUGCACCUGCUGAUCUGGACAAAACUAGAACUGAGCUGGCUGACUGGUUGGUACUGAUUGACCAGAUGCUCAAAUCAAACAUAGUCACUGUGGGAAAUACUGAAGAGAUCAAUCGGACCAUUGCACGAAUGAAAAUAACCAAUGCAGAUAUGGACCAUCGGCACCCUCAGCUUGAUUCUGUUUUUACAUUGGCUCAGAAUUUGAAAAAUAAAACUUCCAGUUCAGACAUUAGGACAGAGAUCACAGAAAAAAUGGAGAAGCUGAAGAACCAGUGGGACAACACCCAGCACAGCGUGGAGGUGCGGCAGCAGCAGCUGAAGCACAUGCUGGCAGACAGCCUGCAGUGGCACGAGCAGAGGCAGGAGAUGGAGCACCUCAUGGAGCAGUGCGAGAUCCGUCUGCGGGUGCUCCUGCAGGCCCCAAAAGAGAUGCUUGCCAAACAGAUUGCAGAGAGCAAACUGUUGGUACAGGAUUUGCAUAGAGGUGACAUCACAGUAGCAGCAUUCAAUGAUCUUUCUAAUAAACUACUUCGAGAGUAUCGUGAUGAUGACUCGAGGAAAGUGAAGGAAACCACUGACCAAAUGAACACUUGCUGGGUUAAUUUGAACCAAAGAGCUGUCGAUAGGCAGAAUUUCUUGGAGACGGAGAUGAGGACAGUACAGGCCUCACACAAGGAUCUGGAGAGCUUCCUCAAGUGGCUUCAAGAGGCAGAGACAACAGUAAAUGUUCUGGCAGAUGCAUCCGAGCGUGAGAACACUGCUCAGGACAGUGUCUACAUAAGGGAACUCAGAAAGCAAAUGCAGGACAUCCAAGCUGAGAUUGAUGCCCACAAUGACAUCUUUAAAAGCAUUGAUGGAAACAGACAGAAAAUGGUGAAAGCCUUGGGAAACUCUGAGGAAGCUGCUCUGCUCCAGCACCGGCUUGAUGACAUGAACCAGCGCUGGAAUGACCUGAAGGCGAAGUCAGCUAACAUCAGGGCUCACUUGGAGGCCAGUGCAGAGAAAUGGAACAGAUUGCUGACAUCCCUGGAAGAGUUAGUCAAAUGGCUGAAUGCAAAAGAUGAGGAACUGAAAAAACAAAUGCCUGUUGGAGGGGAUGUUCCAACAUUACAGCAGCAGUAUGACCACUGCAAAGCACUGAGGCGUGAACUGAAGGAAAAAGAGCAAACCGUUCUCAAUGCUGUGGACCAGGCACGAGUUUUCCUUGCUGACCAACCAAUUGAGGGGCCUGAGGAACCAAGGAGGAGCUUGCAUUCAAAAACAGAACUGACCCCUGAGGAGAAAGCCUUGAAGAUUGCCAAAGCCAUGCGUAAGCAGUCAUCAGAGGUAAAAGAGAAAUGGGAGAACCUAAAUGCCAGUGCCAGUAUCUGGCAGAAGCAAGUGGACAAAGCAUUAGAAAAACUGAAAGACCUUCAGUGUGCCAUGGAUGACCUUGACGCUGAUUUGAAGGAGGCUGAAAAUGUGAGGAAUGGCUGGAAACCUGUAGGAGACUUGCUCAUAGAUUCAUUACCAGAUCACAUUGAGAAAACUACGGCUUUUAGAGAAGAAAUUGCUCCAAUCAGCUUAAAAGUUAAAACAGUGAAUGAUUUGUCCAGCCAGCUGUCUCCACUUGACCUUUAUCCAUCUUUAAAGAUGUCUCGUCAACUGGAUGAUCUCAAUAUGCGGUGGAAACUUUUACAGUUGAGGGAGAAUCAGUGGAAGAGUCCACAUGUAAAACUUACCCAGAAAGCCUCUGUACAGUUUCCAUGGCAGAGAUCUGUUUCACAUAACAAAGUGCCCUAUUAUAUCAAUCAUGAGACACAGACUACUUGUUGGGAUCAUCCUAAAAUGACUGAUCUCUUCCAGUCCUUAGCUGACUUGAACAACGUGCGCUUCUCCGCCUACCGCACGGCCAUCAAAAUCCGCAGGCUGCAGAAAGCACUGUGCUUGGACCUGUUGGACCUGAACACGACAAGUGAAGUUUUCAAACAGCACAAGUUGAGUCAAAAUGAUCAGCUGAUUGGUGUCCAGGAUGUGAUCAGCUGUCUCACUACCAUCUACAGUGGACUUGAAGAGCAACACAAAGAUAUGGUGAAUGUUCCUCUCUGUGUAGACAUGUGUCUUAACUGGCUACUCAACGUGUAUGAUAGUGGCCGAACUGGAAAAAUUCGAGUGCAGUCCCUGAAAAUUGGCUUGAUGUCUCUUUCUAAAGGCCUUCUGGAAGAGAAGUACAGAUACCUCUUCAAGGAGGUGGCAGGCCCUACAGAAAUGUGUGACCAGAGGCAGCUGGGCCUUCUGCUUCACGAUGCUAUCCAGAUCCCGCGACAGCUUGGGGAAGUGGCAGCCUUUGGUGGCAGCAACAUUGAACCCAGUGUGCGCAGCUGCUUCCAACAGAACAACAAUAAGCCAGAAAUAACUGUAAAGCAAUUCAUAGAUUGGAUGCGCUUAGAACCACAGUCUAUGGUGUGGUUGCCAGUUCUACACCGUGUGGCAGCUGCAGAAACAGCAAAACAUCAGGCCAAGUGCAACAUCUGUAAGGAGUGUCCAAUUGUUGGAUUUAGGUACCGGAGCUUAAAACAUUUCAACUAUGAUGUCUGUCAGAGCUGUUUCUUUUCUGGCCGCACAGCAAAGGGCCAUAAAUUGCAUUAUCCAAUGGUGGAGUAUUGUAUACCUACAACAUCUGGAGAAGAUGUACGGGACUUCACAAAGGUGCUGAAGAAUAAAUUCCGGUCAAAGAAGUAUUUUGCAAAGCAUCCCCGACUUGGCUACUUGCCUGUGCAGACAGUAUUGGAGGGUGACAACCUGGAGACUCCUAUCACUCUCAUCAGUAUGUGGCCAGAGCAAUAUGAUCCUUCCCAGUCUCCACAGCUGUUUCAUGAUGACACACACUCCAGGAUAGAACAGUAUGCUACUAGGCUUGCACAGAUGGAAAGGACCAAUGGCUCCUUCCUCAUGGACAGCAGCUCCACCACAGGAAGCGUAGAGGAUGAGCAUGCCCUUAUCCAGCAGUAUUGUCAGACACUGGGAGGAGAGUCACCUGUGAGUCAGCCACAGAGUCCUGCUCAGAUACUCAAGUCGGUGGAGAAGGAAGAGCGGGGAGAGUUGGAGCGUAUCAUUGCUGACCUUGAGGAAGAGCAAAGGAGCCUGCAGAUAGAAUAUGAGCAACUAAAGGAGCAACAUCUUCGGAGAGGAAUAAACCCUCUUGCAUCACCUCCUGACUCUGUUGUGUUACCUCAGCAUGCUUCUGAAGAUGCCGAGCUCAUUGCUGAAGCUAAACUCCUGAGACAGCAUAAAGGUCGCCUGGAAGCAAGGAUGCAAAUAUUGGAAGAUCACAAUAAACAAUUGGAGUCUCAGCUUCACAGGCUACGGCAGCUACUUGAGCAGCCCGAGUCAGACUCCCGGGUCAAUGGCGCCUCCCCAUGUGCUUCGCCCCAGCACUCUGCCCUGGGCUUCCCACUGGAGCAGGACACAAGCUCACACUUCCAUCAGACAGAUGACUUGUUAGUUCCACCUCAUGAUACCAAUACAGAUCUAACAGAUGUUAUGGAGCAAAUCAACAACACAUUUCCAGCUUGUUGCUCAAGUUUCGCUGGCAGACCACAGGCCAUGUGAGGUGUUCCUGGGGAUGACAGCCAGUGCUUCUGGCGUGCAGCACAGCCCUGUUCUGCAUCUGCCGGCCACGCGUUCCGCCUCAUCACAAACCCGCGCGGGACCCCGGGACG